GAUGGCACUCCCAUGGAGGCAGCUGGAUCUGUUAAUAAACUCUUUUUCCUCUCCCUCUCGGGGAACAGUAUGAGGCUGGCAUACCUCUUCCUUGGCCCCGCGGCCCUCCUCCUCCUGGCUGGCUGCGGCUGUGUCCUCAGCACCACCGGCGGGAACCUGCGCACAUUUGUGGGCUGUGCGGUGAGAGAGUUUACUUUCCUGGCCAAGAAGCCGGGCUGCAGGGGCCUUCGGAUCACCACGGAUGCCUGCUGGGGCCGCUGUGAAACCUGGGAGAAGCCCAUUCUGGAACCCCCCUACAUUGAAGCCCAUCAUCGAGUCUGUACCUACAAUGAGACCAAACAGGUGACGGUCAAGCUGCCCAACUGUGCGCCGGGAGUCGACCCCUUCUACACCUACCCCGUGGCUGUCCGCUGUGACUGCGGGGCCUGCUCCACUGCCACCACGGAGUGUGAGACCAUCUGAAGCUGGGCGACCCUCAGAACACAGCUGGCGGCCUGCGGCCUCACGGACCCACCUGCACGGGCAGCACUAGCAGCUAUACCCCCUGCACUCAAGGACUGUUUAAUUUCGACCCUACUUGUGGAGGAGGUUACCUGUCUCCCUUCCCCUCCCUCAGGUGCAAGGCCGAGGCAGCAUACUUAUGCUAAAAUUGCAAAACAACCUUUGUGCCUUUGCUAAAAUAAUUUCUCUGGUCCACACACUGCAAAUUAAUUUUUCUUUACCUUGAAUCUCAGAACA